UGUUGUAUAACAGUGUUUUAACCUCCUCGCCGUAUCGCGUCUUGUUACUGUGCUUUGUUUACACUUUUUGAACAUUCUAAGUCCAGGGGGGAAAUUAAGUUUAAAUAAUAUUUACAAGAUUUAAAAAAAAAAAAUUGAAAAAGAAAGUGUUGAAAAUAUGAUUUAAUGAGUGAAUUUAUCUGAUUUUUUUAAUGAAUGCUCUAAAUGUCAAGUUGGAAGGGAAAAUAUUUAUCGUGAUGGUUGAAAGAUUCGGCGAUUAAAGUUUACUCAGAUGUGCGAGAGCCCUGAUGCGUAAUAUCCACAAGACCCUGGUCGUCCUUCUCGUCUUCACAACGGUCGUGAUCCUCCUUAGCUUUGACAGAGGGGAAACGCCUCAUCCUGAACGCCAACGAGCCAGCACGCGUGACUACAACGUCUGGUGCAUAUUCACCAGGGUGAAGCAGGGCCAUCCGACGAUAAAGAGCAAGUUUGAACGCAUGCUAGACUCGCUAUUGCGUACGACCGGUGCUGUUUUGUCGCUCAACCUUGUUGUUGACGCUUCAAGCCGGUACAUCGCCAAAGACAUAGUCGACGCAGCUAAAAAUAACACUGGGAAAUAUCUCAAGGUAGUGUACCAUGAAGUCCACGUACUGACAAACAAAAUGGAAAGCAUAAUCAAGGUGAUGCAGAAACAUUUCAGCUCCCAGCCGGGCGCGUAUUACAGCGCAUCGCUUUUUUUCCUUUCUAUUGGCCUGCAUAAGUUCAUCUUUCAGUCACAAGUUGUCAUGCUCGACGUCGAUACAUUCAUUAAGACAGACAUAACAGAGCUUUUUGACGAAUUCGAUAAGUUUUCAAACGAAUCGGUGAUCGGAGCUGCUCCAGAGUUGACGCCAGUUUACCACCACAUACUCUACCUGUACCGUAGUCGAAACAACACGACCAGGUUCGGCGCAGCCCAUUCGAAAGGCGGCCUACCCGGAAUCAACUCGGGCGUGUUGCUCCUCGACCUUGAGAAGAUGCGGCGUUCUACGUUGUACCAGCAUGUCCUUGAAGAGCACGAAGUCAACCGCCUAGCCAGCAAAUACAUAUUCAAGGGCCACCUGGGCGACCAGGACUUUUACAGCCUGCUCACCUUCGAGCACCCGUCCCUCAUACAUAGGCUCGACUGCGGAUGGAACCGGCAGCUUUGUGAGUGGUGGAAGGACCACGGCUACCAGGAGACAUUCGACACGUUUGCGAGGUGCGAUUCUACCGUUAAGAUAUAUCACGGGAACUGCAAUUCAAAGAUACCUCAGGUGUGACAAAAUUUUUUACAACUGUAUAUACAUUAUUUUUUAUUUAUCAUUAUCAAAGAAAAGAGAAAAAAUUUUUUAAAAAAUUACAUACAUGAUUGUACAGAAAUAAGUGAGAAAAAGAAAAUAAGUGCAAUUACAUAUAUUCCAAUAUUUUUUAUAUAUCUAUUC